AUGGCAACUACUUCUAUAGUAAAUCAUAACAAACAAAAAAAUUUUUAUAAAUUAUUAUCUUGUGGUUCUAUUGUUCCAGAAAUUCAUUAUGCAAUCAAUUAUAUGUACAAAAAAAUUACAAAUAAGAAAGGAACAACAUAUUCUGGAAAUGUUGUGUUAGGAUUUGAUAAUUUAGAAGUAACAAAUGAAUUAUUGAAGGAUGUAGAUUUUCAACCUUUCAUGGUUACUUUAGACAAUAUAAAUAUUUUUAUUUUUGCAAUUGGUUCAGGAUGGAAUGCAAAUUGGGAUGGUUUUGGUGAAGGAUUUUGUUCAUCUUUCACAUCAAGAUUCAAAUCAGAAUCAUGA